AUGCGACUCCUGCAGAUUCGUGGCUGUGACGAGCUCAGCCUUGUUGAGCGGUUGCCUGAUGAUCUCCCACCUUACGCCAUUCUUUCGCAUACCUGGGGCCCCUCCAAUGAAGAAGUAACUUACCAAGAUCUUCUGGACGGAAGAGGUAAAGAGAAGGUCGGCUACCGUAAACUUAUCCUAUGCGGACGACAAGCCGCUCAGGAAGGCUUUCAAUACUUUUGGGUCGACACGUGCUGUAUCGACAAGACAAGCAGCGCAGAACUUUCGGAAGCAAUAAACUCAAUGUACUCCUGGUAUCAGUCAGCGGGCGUAUGUUAUGCGUAUCUAGCUGAUAUAGGCCCCGAGGAUAGUUUUUCAACAAGCAAAUGGUUUACUAGAGGGUGGACGCUCCAGGAAUUGUUGGCACCAGAGGAAGUGAUAUUCUUCGACAAGAGCUGGUCUAUUCUGGGGAAUAGAGCAGGCCUAGGAGAAGAGAUAUCCGAAUGUACCCGGAUUUCUGUCAGUGUGCUCUCACAAGCAGAACCUGUCGAAACUUUCAGCGUUGCACAAAGAAUGUCAUGGGCUGCAGAAAGAAAAACGACAAGGAUAGAAGACAUAGCAUAUUGUCUGUUAGGCAUAUUCAACAUUAACAUGCCUUUAAUAUAUGGAGAGGGAGAAAAUGCUUUCAUCAGACUCCAGGAGGAAAUCCUGAAGAUAUCGGACGAUCAUAGUAUUUUUGCGUGGCGAUCAACCGAUGAUCGUGGUGGUUGCCUAGCUACUUCUCCAGCCUCGUUUCGCAAAUCCGGAAACAUUGUACAAUGCCUUGCCUUAGAUAGCUCCUAUGAUCCAGUCAUAUUGAGCGGAAAGGGAGUUCACCUUAACGUCCGAUUUAUGGGUAUUGGUCACGACAAGCUUGGCUGUGCAAAACUCGAUUGCCAUGAAAAAGGAAGCGGAGAUGAGCGGAUUUCCAUUUUUCUGAGAGAUACGACCUUGACAAUGAGGCACUUGAGGAGAGUCAAGACCGAGGAAUUUGCACAGACAGAUUUUGGAGAUUUCGUGUCAUCACGGUAUCCGGUCAGAAGAUUGUGCAUCCAAAAAUCGCGGGUGGAAUCGAGACGAAAAGGCCGGCUCUAUGGGGAGCCUGUGCGUACUACAUCCGUUACAGUCGCUUCUGGAAAACUACCAAGAGAAGAAAAAAUGGCUGAAAGUCCUAAGUCAUUGAUUGAGGCAGUCAAAAUAGGGACCGAGGACGAUGUGUGGCUGCUUUUGACAAGAGGAGACAUCGAAGUGAAUGAAGAAGACUACAGUAAUUACACAGCUCUGACUCACGCUGCAAGUAAUGGAAAAGAGAAUAUUGUCAAGAUGUUACUAAAUCAUACAGGCAUCGAUAUCAGUUCUCAAUAUGUACAUGGGCGGACGCCACUGUGGUGGGCAGUACGGAAUGGACACAGAGCAGUGGUCCGACUUCUACUCGAAACGGGUAAAGCGAAGGUCAACCUACCAGACCAGGAUGGCUCAACGCCAUUUUUCGUAGCGGUAAGAUCUGGCAAUUUGGCAAUGGCUCAACUACUGUUA